CCUCUCAUAAUUUUCUAUUUCAAUUCAACCAUACCGUCCCAAGUCUUAGUCUUGGAUAAGAUCCACUGAAUAUUGAAUAGAAUGAUGUAAAUGUUGCAAAAAUAUCUUUGCGAAUCCAAGCAAUUGCCAAAAAAUUAGAUGGGAUCUCAUUUAUCAUAUUUUUCAUGUCUUGCUUUUCUAUGAAAAUUACUGAAAUUUCAACCUUUUCAUGCACAACGCAGCCAAAAUUACACCAAACGCAACAAAGAACUCCAACACCAAAAACGCCCAAGUCCUCUCUCAUCCCAAACCAUGGCUGCUAAAUACUUAAAUUCCCACUUGAUUCUCGCUCUCAUCGCUCUAUUCUUGCUCCUUUCAAUCCCUGAAUCGCUCUCUGCUCUAGAGCCUGAGCCUGAGCCUGAGCCUGAGCCUGAGCCUGAGCCUAAGCCUGCCCCACCCACGGUCUGGGAUAUCCUUCCCAAAUGGGGCCUCCCAGCUGGCCUGCUACCCAGCACAGUCACCAACUACAGCCUCCAAAACGACGGUAGAUUCAUCGUCGUUUUGGAGAGCCCUUGCUACGUUCAAUUCGAGUACUUGGUCUACUACGAAAAGACCAUCACCGGAAAACUGGGUUAUGGCUCCAUAACCGAUUUGAAAGGCAUUCAGGUGCAGCGCUUCUUCUUUUGGUUCGAUGUGGAUGAGAUCAAGGUGGAUUUGCCACCGUCCGAUUCCAUUUAUUUCCAAGUGGGAUUCAUCAACAAGAAGCUCGAUGUUGACCAGUUCAAGACCAUUCAUUCUUGCCGUGGUGGGGUUAUGAGCUCUUGUGGGUAUUCCUGGAAAUCGGUCCUUCAGAGGCUUGAGAUUUGAGUUUCCUUGUGGAUUAGUUUCAUCCCAUCUUUGUUAUCGCAGCUUCCAACGCCCACAAACGAAAUUCAGAUGCUAAUUACAGAGUAGCUACCACUGAGCUCUAUUGCUGUGUGAGAAAUUGAUAGAGUAAGCUUUUAUCUAUAUAUUGUGUCAAAAAUAUAUUAAACAAAAAAAGGAAGAGAAUCAAAAGGGAGCUAACUAAUUAAGGGUAAUGUUCCGACUCAAAAAAUGACGGGUCUGGCAAAGGCUUAUCUAAACGUGUUGUAAGUACUUGAUGUAUAAAAUGGACUUGUAUUUUCAGUUGUAGUUUUUUUUUUUUUUUAAUAUUUUCAGUCUUAAUUUCUUAUAUUUGAAUUUUAGACCUGGAUAGCAUCUCCUUAGAGUAGAUAAAUGAACCAAAUGAGUUAAGCUCCUAGUUGUUAAUGUUACUUUCUCUCUUUUAAACUUUACUUUUUAAGUAUUAGAGCAAUUUUACACUUCUGCCAGUGCUACAUUACUGUUGCCUGAAUCCUAUGGCAUAUGAUUGAUGAUUGCAUAUGUUCAUAACGCACGAGUCUGAGAAUUUGAUCACUAGACACAAAAAUAGAAAUCAUCACUAAUUUUUUUUAAUUAUUUAUGAUUGAUUAGUUAAUUAAUCUAUCAUUUUUAAAGAUUUCCUAUAUUUGAUUAAGGCUCCUAAUAAGUUAUAGUUUGCUAAUUAGAAUUAUAUUCAGAAGUUUGAUUAUGUGUGUGAAAAGUUUUAAUACCCCUAGCCCAUCCAAAGGAUAAUGGCAAAUAAUUUUAAAUCAUCCUAAAAUGUCUUAGCUAGAUGAUCUUUUUGUUUAUUUUACUUGUUUUAAUUUAUCCUUUUACGUAUUGAAAAAAUUUUAAGUUUUCACCAUUCUAUGGAUUAAGUUUUCACCAUUCUAUGGAAUAUCUAAAAACUUUUCUCACCUCACAAAUAUUGAAGGUAC